AUGCCGUUCGACGAAAUCGGAGACGACGAAUUCCAUUUGAUUUUUGAGCUACUCUACCAAGUUGUCUCAAAGGAACGAUCUACAUUUCUUCGGGCAAAUAAGCCAACGACCAAGAAUAAUGCCGCCUCCCGCUUGGAAGUCGCCGCUGCGGCGAUUCGCCUCGCCGUGGGAAUCGGAGCUCCCAAGAUCAGAUUCAAGACAGCUCUUUCUCUGCUUGACCACAUUGCCGGAGCUCUGCCGACGGCCGAUGGAUCACUGUGUGAGCCACUCAGAAAUGACUAUCUCAAGAGUUUUAGGAUUCUACUCAGCUAUGCGCCACAUGGAGAACAUAUGCGCCACAAACAAUGGCAGAAUUAUGUGGACUUCGCUUUGACCACGCUAGCAUCCACCCUUGAUGAUAACUCUAUCGGCAGUAGCAUCGCAAGUAGCAGGGACACCAGCAUCGCUUCUAGGAAUGGCCAAUACUUGUCCAUGCGGGUAAGCGAAAAAAGUGGUAGAAGCACCGGAACGGCUACGGCUUCGGAUUCUGAAGAAAUCAUCCAUGCACUCACGAGCUUGACUGCCGUCACUAAUGCUCCCAUUAUGUCACGGGCUGCAGCCAUCAGCCGAACAAUCCAAGAAUACCUCGAUGUUGCCGCAAGAGGUCUGGAGAGUGCCUUUGAGACACUCAAUAAUAUUAUCUUUGUCUCCCUGACCGAGGACGUGGAAUUUACCCAAACUCUGAUCUUAGGGUUGAUUUCAACGGUGCGACGAUUGUGGUCUAAGGGAUCGAUUGCACUUCGAGAACAGAUGUUAAUCACCUUAUUUACCACCCGAUAUCUCUUCCUCGCCCCAAGUGAUCAAGCUCCUUCCAUUGAUCCAGCACUGUUGCAACCGCUGUUAUCGACGAUCUUCUCCGAAUAUCGUACAAGAAACGAGAGGGAUAUAUUACACUUCGACGACAUGCAGCCGCUCAUGGAAUCAGAAGAUUGCCCUCUACGGCUCAGGCAGUUCAAACCUGUACGCAAUUCUGCAAGAGCUGUAUCCGGUUGGAUGACAUUGUCCGUUGUGGCCUGUCUCGUCCUAGGACUGAGCCAAAAGCCCCGUUCCGCAGAUGCGGACGAUUUACCGGAUGACAUUCCUCGAAAGCGACCAAAGCUCCCUACCCCUUUCGAAGUAAUGUUGCAGCAUGGAUCCGAAAGUGUUGGUCAAGAAAAGCUAGCCGCACUUCAGGUCCUUCUUUUCCUCUUUGAUCAACCUCGCCCGCUGAAGGCAGAAUCGAUUUCAGAAAUCUGCAAGUCAAUGCUGCCUAUCUUGUCCCACGAAGAUGGCAACAUUCAAUCGUGGGCCUUCCUCAUAUUCUCAAGGUUGUCCCUUUGUGAUACUUCUACCCUCCAGAAUCGAUCAGAUAUUUGGAUUCAGCUUUGGGACGCUGGCCGGAGAGCAAUAUCGGCCGCAGCUUCGGUCAGAGCGGCGUCCCAUGCAUUGGACGUCCUUCUGAAGACCGGCGUUCUGGCCUCGGAGAUUAGCGGAAACCUCAUCGAUAGCACUCUCUUUGGUGGAGGAAAUAAUGGACCAUGCAGUCUCACGGAUACCUCACUGAUCCUAUUUACGACUAUACUAAAUUCCAACAUUUUUGACCACGAGCGAGGUUUUGAGGCUUUCUGCAUGAAGGUCAUUAGUUGGCUCACCGCGCGCUGGACUCUUCCUUCCAAUAUCGACCGUCUCUACAAUGCACACAUUGCCUUCCACGCUAAACCGGAAUAUUUGUAUACUUUACUGACGUCUCUAUGCGGCACGCACGACCAGUUAAGGCCCUAUGAGGACUGGUCUCCAGCGCACAGUUUAUGGAGAGCUUCGCUGAUGUCGUCUUUCAAUCUCGACUUCCUCCAUUAUGUCCUUGGUAUUGAAACCUGGGAAGCGAAGGAUAUGGAGCAACAAGACAAUAUUUUUCCUCGGCUUGACCCACCCACCACUAAACUGCUGACCGAUGCCGUUCUGGAAUUCCUAACCUCCCUGUUGAGAAAUUUUCUCCAAUCCUGGAAGACCAUUCAUUCCGAAAGGAGCUCAAACAUCGGCAACGAUAUUGUGGAAAACCUUGCUGUGGCGUCCACCGUGUCAUCUGUGAUAUGGACGCGCUUUGGUCGCCCUACUAGGGAGCCGCGACCUCCGUCAGUGUGGCCCGAAAGCCGAAGUCUCGUUUGUCAGUUCAUCCGGGAUCAGGGCGAUGAUGAUUCUCGAGCCGUGGCUUCUCGAAUAUGUAAUGGCGUCCUAAAACUUCACAACCAACUCCUUCACCAAGAUGUUGAUAUUUGCUGCGAAGAAUAUCAAUCGGUCAUUGAAUCUGCGCUGCAUCUUGCCCGACACAGGAUGACGUCAAUUUCUCCGUUUGAUACACCCGAAUUUGGUUUCCCUGAUUCGAAAGCGGAGAGCCCACAAUCGAGCCAGAGAAGCCAGUCCGGAGCAUUCUCUCAUGUCAUGAGGGCCGACUUACCACUUUGUCAAAACGCCACUCAACUACUUGCCAGACAAAUGGUUCAACUGACAAUAAGUCUGCAAACUGUCAAAUCGAGUGGAGCACUUGAUCCUGCAGUAACAUCUCGUAUUGUGGAUGAGAUUCUUGCUCUUGAUCCAGUUUUGCUCCUCUCUGCCCGUGGAGCGGUGCAAGAUUUCCUGGGCCUUAAUUCUGGCAUUGCACGCGCAGAUGCUCACCGCAUUUUGAAGAUGUUUGGAAAAGUCUACCUACAAGAAGGAUCAUUUGAGAGAUGUGAGUCUGCCCUGUGUUUCUGCUUGAACACGAUGCAUGGACUUCUAGAUCUCUGGACCUCGGAUGGAGACGAAAGCGACGAUCUUGCCGAAGCGGCAUUUGACAUCUAUGACUGGUUUCUCACUACUGCACUCGAUAAAGGAAUCGCAUCUCCGAGAGUCCUUGUAAUUCUCGCGGAUUUGUUGGACGCUCUACUCCACAAAAAAGCUUCUUUUGGAGAAGACCUUCCGUCGCCCAGAACAAGCCUCCUUAAGAUCUUGAAGGUCAGCGAUGCGGCGACGCAAUACCGACUGGCUCCCAAACUAUCCCAUAUCUUCGAGAAGUAUGUCCUCACACAGCACGAAGCCAUUUUUGACGACAUUCUGGAGAAUUUGCCGUCAGAUCCCGACAACCGAGAAGGGAUUGCCGUUCGGCUCCAUGUUGUUGCACACCUUGGAGCUCGGUGGCAUACCGUGUUGCGGCAGGCAACAUAUCAUCUCUUCGAGACAGUGGCCAACGUACCACUUACCACAGCCCUGGCGCGUAACUGCAUUACCAGGGCCUGCAGGACCCUUGGACUCAACCAGCCGAGGCAGCUUUUUACUUUAUUUUCCCCACAGAUCUUCUACACUUGGCUCUCAAAAGAGGGUCUGUCCCGUAUGCCAUUCCGUGCCUUCGACUACGCCUCUUUGAAGGAGAUGGCUUUGGAUAAUAUAGAUGAACUAGUCGGGCAGAUUGCGCUUCGCGGAUUUAAGCAUGCCGAAGAACUCGAACAAUUGGUUGGCCAAGAUUGGACCUCUCUACUGGUACAGGGAUUUCCCUGUGCCGAAGCCUACACACUAUCCUCAGAAACCGGUCUACCACGGCAUGACCGUCUCUUUGAUGGAUCCGAAAAGCUGGUACGGAAACAGCUCGGAUCAGAAAUCUAUCUGCGGUGCAUUCGUACCUCCCUUCCAGACAUCAUAGCGCGGCUAAUUACGUGCCUACAAGAUGACAGGGGCAUUGACAAGGCUUUGGAGAAGAGCAAACAAAGCGCUGCUCUCGCAAUCUGGCAAGACAUGCAGAACUAUCCGAAUCACAACAUCCAGCUGCCAUAUGCUCAGCAACCUUCUUUUCGUGCACGAUGUCUCGUAGAGGAGCUCAGUUAUUUGUGUGGACGACUCGACCUUGACGUGAGCGAUCUAUGGGCCCCUUCAUUACUCAUUCACGUUUACAGGCAAUUGCUGGAUAAAGCCAGACCAGCUCUGGGAUCCUUGCAUAUCUGCAGCCUCAUUCGGAAAAUCCGUAUUGUGAUAAGCCUUGCGGGGACCGUAGCAUUGACAGGCUACCCAUUAGAGAUGCUGCUUCACAAUCUUCGGCCUUAUCUCACUCUGUUCGAGUGUGCGGAAGACACCAUGGGCAUCUAUCGCUAUCUACUGCGCGGGGGAGUUGAAUAUUUGCGCUCUCGUCUCUCGUUCAUUGCGGGUCUCGGGGUGACAAUGUUCGUCUCGCUGAUUGGGUUUAUUGCCUCUUCACAAGACAGCACCACACAAGAGGGCCAUUUCUUGUCAACAAUAUCAAAGGCACAGGAGUUCAGAUCUUUUUUGGGCCAAUACCUGGAAUCUCUACAGCCGACAAGUGUGUCGCACGAGACUCUGACAACUUUCAGAAAUGUCGUGCAACGUGCAAAAGCCAUCACGCAGUCAGGAAGCAGUGCGAGAAGCACAAACGAGGGCGAACUACUUUACGCCUUGUUACAAGAUCGAAGCUGCGACACAACACUUCUGACAGAAUUGCAUUUUAAUCUCUCAAUCGAAAUACUGUGCAGAAACUUUUCGUCCUCAACAGAUCCCCAGGAUGACAUACUGGCACACGAUCAAGACACGGCCCGAUUUGCACCGACGUUAUGUUCAGUUCUCAGCAUACCACAACUGAAUGAGUCCUUCCGAACUUGGGCCGCUCAAGGAAUCGGGAGAGGCUACAUUAUGCGUGGCUUAACCUUUAAUAUCAGAGAAAGGCCAGGGAAAGGGCCCUCAUCGGUCAAGUUGACUGGACACAAUUUAGAAGUUGUCUCGUCAUAUACGAGUAUUGUGCGACAUCUUGAGCAUCUUGUGUGGCAAUCAAAAUUUCCCGCUUCGACUUUCGCUGAAAGAACAUUACAGCUCGUCUUCUCUGCCCUCGACCAGGGAAGCGAAUGCCGAGUUCUAGGAGCCGACAUCAACCGAAGUUAUGUGGACGAACUGAGGUUCAAGCUGUUCCCAUGCCCCGGGAUUCCACUCUCCCUCUCGUCGGGACUUGAGGAGGGCCCUGGAACUUUGACAAGCGGAUCUUCUCAUGAUCAACCUUGGAAAUGGGCUGCAAAUCUUCUGAGAGAGAUAUGUGAGCGUGCAGCUCGUGAUCCCGUGUUGUCCUUUCUCAAACCACUCAUAGCUGCCGUUCCAGAGUCUGCGGAAAUCCUGUUACCAUACGCCGUUCACAUUGUCUUGCGCAGCGAGGUCAACACACAGGAGACGUUUCGAGAAUACCUGUCAGGGUCCUUUUCCAAAAUUCUCCAACCGAAGGAAAGAUGGCCAAGCCAGGCUCGACAGUUGGUUUUGAGGACACUUUUGUAUCUCCGAACAUGUUCUAUUCCAGACGAGGCUCAUAUGGCUCUGCGGAAUUCCUGGCUCGAAAUUGAUUUUGGCGAAGCCUCGGUCGCCGCAGCUGACUGCCACAUGUGGCACGAAGCCUUGCUCUUCCUUGAGCUACAUUAUUCUCAAGCCCAGCUUCAAGUAAGUCGCUCUUCUCGGAGAUCCUUCGUUGCCACAGACGAUAUUCCGACAGAUGUUGUGGCCAAUAUCUAUGAGAAUGUUGAUGAUCCGGACUUCUUCUAUGGAAAACACCAAGAAUUUGAUCUGCAGUCUGUUCUUAAAAAAAUGAAUCAUGAAGGAGCGAGCCAAAAAUCUUUAUCUUUCCAGAGCGCCAUGCUGGACUCUCGACUGAGAAUGAGCGGUCAAGAACGAAGUUUGAGCCAUGUGGCACGGACAACCGCAUCAACUCUAAAGGCAGCAAAUAUGCAAGGAAUCUCCGAGGCUGUCAGACAAUAUUAUCAAGGGUUCGUCAAGGACAUGUCGCACAAACAGCAUAUCGAUUCAACGUCGGCCAACGAUAAGUGGGAUGUUCUGCCCGCAAGGGAACGUUCUACACCCUCUUCUACUUUUGACUCGCUAUUUCGCAGCAUGCAUACUAUCUCGAACAAGGAAAGUCUGGCUCGAGGGUUGGAUCGAUCUUUACUUGGGCUCGUAGAUAUAAUGAAGACUAGAGACUUCGGUAAAGGUUACACAAGCGAUCUUCUCUCCCAAUUGGCAGUUCUCGCAGAGGCGAAACAAAUUGUCAGCGCAACUACAGCUGAAGGCCUCAACUCAACCUGGGCAGCAAUAAUGGCAAGAAAUGAAAAGAUAAAACUUGCAGUGUUCCAAAAACUAUCGCCCAUACUACGUGGAAGAGAGGCGGCCUUUGCAGCGAUACGCCGAAACACUCAUUUGCAAGCCACGUUUUCGCUCGAUGUCAAACAAGCCCUCCUACACGAAAUCAGGGCUGUGCGACAGACUCUCGACAUGGCAUCAGCCUACGAAGUGUCACAAUUUUGUCUGAACCGUGCAAUGUAUCUGUCCGAGCUGAACCAGUUAGCUGUAAAUGAAGAAUUGGAAGUCGAUGUUGCUAUCCAGUAUGAUCUUGCAAGGACAUUGUGGGCCCAAAAUGAAAUAAGCGGCUCGAUCGGGAUCCUGCAGAGCUUGAAAACUCGAGAAGACAUUGCUCAGCAGGCUAUUGUUAUCACGAAGGCCGAUAUCUUGACUGACCUAGGCCACAAAAUUGCAGAAGCCCGUCUCGAGAAGCCUAACGAUAUCAUCAAGACAUAUCUUUCGCCAGCAUUCAAGGAAUUGCACGGCCGAGAGACAGGAUUAGAAGCCGGCCGCGUUUUUCACAACUUCGCAGCCUUUUGCGAUAUGCAGCUACAAGACACUGAUAAUCUCGAUGACUUCACGCGGAUUAGCAAAAUUCGAGAUCGCAAACUGCAAGAAAUCCAUGAUUUGCAAAGAAUGAUCCACUCCAGCCGCGACGCCAGACAACGCCAGCAAUUGGAGUCACAUUUGAAGAAAACGAAAGACUGGUUCAAGCUUGACGAUAUGGAAUGGAAGAGAGUUCAGGCAAGCAGACAGACUCUGAUCCUUCAGUGUCUGGAGAACUACCUCCUCUCCAUGAAAGCGUCCGACGAAUAUCCCAACGAUACCCUUCGAUUCCUGGCCUUGUGGCUGAAUCAAGCAGAGAACCCUGAAGCAAAUGCAACUGUCGGCAAAAAUCUCAAGUCAGUUCCGACUCUCAAAUUCGCACCGCUUGUCAACCAACUCUCGUCUCGAUUGCUGGACGUCAAUGACAGCUUUCAACCGCUGCUCAUGGAGCUGAUGUUCCGAAUAUGUUCAGAUCACCCUUAUCACAGUCUGUACCAAGUGUUUUCAGUCAGCAAAACCAAAGGUGACAAGGCGGAUGAGGUGGCUGUGUCUAGAAAUGCCGCAGCGAACAAACUGGUCGACCUUGUGUCCAAGAGAAGUGUUUCUGCGGCAGUCUGGGUUGCCAUCCACAACGCCAGUCUGUAUCUGUUCAAAGUCGCCCAGGAGAGGUUGCCUGACAAACAGACCAAGACCGGGUCCAAGAUCGAGCUGCGAAAACUCAACUAUGGUCAAAAACUGGAACAUUGCAUGAGCGAGUUGAACACAAGAAUCCCACCACCGACCAUGAACGUCCCCUUCCGGGAGGACCGAGACUAUUCAUCCAUACCAACAUUCAGCAAGUUCGAACCACAAAUUUCCAUCGCAGGCGGAAUGUCAGCCCCCAAGAUCGUCACAAUGAUUGCCACCGAUGGUUCUCGCCACAAAAUGCUCCUAAAAGGUGGCAACGACGACCUCCGACAGGACGCCAUAAUGGAACAAGUCUUCGGACAAGUGUCCAACCUUUUGAAAGACCACCGCGCCACUCGCCAACGUAAUCUGGGCAUUCGAACUUACAAGGUUAUUCCACUAACCACGAACGCGGGCAUCAUCGAGUUCGUCAAAGACACGAUUCCACUACAUGAAUACCUCCUCCCAGCGCACACUCGAUAUUUCAAGAAGGACUACACGCCGAAUCGAUGCCGGAAAGACAUUUCCGAGGCCCAAGGCAAGCCUCUCGAUCAACGCAUCAGGGUAUACCGCAAUGUCAUUGCCAACUUCCACCCCGUCAUGCGUUUUUUCUUCAUGGAACACUUCCCAGAUCCCGACGACUGGUUCUACAAACGCCUCAACUACAGCCGUUCUACCGCCGCGGUAAGCAUCCUCGGUCACGUCCUGGGCUUAGGCGAUCGACAUGGCCACAACAUCCUCCUCGACGAAAACUCGGGUGAAGUCGUCCACAUCGAUCUGGGCGUCGCAUUCGAAGCAGGCCGCAUCCUCCCCGUGCCAGAAGUUGUGCCCUUUCGCCUAACUCGCGAUUUGGUAGACGGCAUGGGCUUGACAGGCGUCGAGGGCGUGUUCCGACGGUGCUGCAACUUCACGCUCGAAGCCCUCCGUCGGGAUCAGGAAGCCAUCAUGACAAUCCUCGACGUCCUCCGCUACGACCCACUACACUCAUGGUCCUUGUCCCCGCUGCGCCUGCAAAAGAUGCAGGAGAACAAUGAGCAAACGACAGACACUGCUACGGCGUUCACCCACGAUAUUGCCGCGAAGCGGGAGGUCAAUGAACCCAGCGAAGCGGAUCGCGCUUUGACAGUCGUCGCAAAGAAGUUGGGCAAAGCACUCAGUGUCGAAGCCACGGUUAACGAACUCAUCCGCCAGGCUACUGAUGAGAGGAACCUCGCGGUCUUGUACAGCGGAUGGGCAGCUUAUGCGUGA